AUGGAUUUAAAAGCAUUGAAAGCGAUACGAACACCCUAUCGAACACUAGCUACACGCAUUUGUAAUAAAAUAGAAGAAAAACUCAAUAAUACAAGCACACCUAUUGAGGACUUUGAGGAUUUGAAAAUUCAGUUAGACGAAAAAACUGUUCUUUUGAAAGAUUUAAACGAACAGAUUUUGCCUUUAACAGAUGAAAAAGAUAUUGAAAGUGAAAUUUUCGGAUGUGCAGAAUACAGUGAUAAAAUGCGUACUUUAAAAUUAAAAAUUGAUCGAAAAAUUUUAAAAUUCAAUAACAGCACAUCUGGUAGUCAAAAUGUUUCGGGGUUUGAAAGUUUAAAUUUGAUCAACACUGUGCACUUACCUAAACUUCAAAUAGAUAAAUAUUACGGCGAAAGAGAUAAAUAUUUAAACUUUUGGAGUCAGUUUGAAAAUGCAGUUCACAAAAACCCUUCGUUAACAGAUGUUGACAGAUUUUCUUAUCUAAAAUCGCUACUUGGUGGUUCAGCUGCAAAUGCAGUUAGCGGGUUUGCGUUGACGGCGGAAAACUAUAAGAUUGCAAUUGAAAUUCUUCAAUCCCGUUUCGGAAGACAUUCAGAUUUAGUCCAAGCUCACUUGAAUAAUUUGUUAAAUAUUCAAGGUGUAAAAAAUUCUAGGGAUUUAUAUGCAUUACGUGCUCUUUAUGAUAAAUGCAUUGUUGAAAUUAGAAGUCUGGAAUCGCUUAAUGUUGCUGCUGACACGUAUAGUACACUACUUUGCCCUUUAAACUUAAAGGUUCUUCCGUCUGAUUUAACCCUCAGAUUUACGAGAGAACAAUCUCAGAAGACAAAUUUGAGUUUUCAAGACUUAAUGGAGUUUAUUAGAGCAGAAAUUGAGACUAAAGAACGAGUUUACGCAAUACAAAAAGCAGAAACCCAAUUUCCCCAAGGUCAAAAUAUUCCAAACUUAGAAAAGAAUAAAUUUGCCUUUAAUAAAUCGAAGAAUUUUUCUAAAAAACCAUUUCAUAAAAGAAAUAUUACAAACACCCCUUCAGCAGUUGAACUCUUGACACCUCUCGAUAAAUGUUGUAUGUUUUGUUCGAAUUCAAAUCAUGAUAGUGAAAGUUGUUGCUCUUUAACUGUUGACGAAAAAAGGGCAAUUUUGAAACGUACCGGAAGGUGUUUUAUUUGCUUGAAAUCCUUUCAUAGAAUGAUAGACUGCCCUAAAAGUGAUAAAUCACGCACAUUUUGUACAAAGAAACACAAUGUUACUUUAUGUUAUAGGAAAGAAAAUCUUAAGGAUAAGGGGGUAAGGAUUCCAAUAAGGUUUUACAUUGCCUUCUUGACACGGGUAGUGAAAAAACUUUUAUCCGGAAAGAUUUCUAGAUCCUUGAAGUUACGUACAUUAGGAAAAGAAGAGUUGCUAAUUCAUACGUUUGGGUCGAAAAUUCCUCGUCGUCACGUUUGUCCUCGAGUAGAAGUCAAAAUAAAAAAUAAAUUGGAUUGUACGGAAUUUAAAAUUGAAGCUUUUGAGAUUGACGAAAUUACUCAUGCUACUUUAGAGUCACCCCCCGCGGAGGUACAUGAGGAGCUGAAAUCUAAGGGGAUAUUGUUAGCCGACGUUUGUGAUAAUGCUAUACGGGGUAAAGGCAUUUCUUUGCUCAUAGGUGCUGACAAUUGGAAAAUUGUUACGGGGAAAAUUGAACGCUUGAAUUCCGCUUUGGUAGCAACUGAAAGCAAGUUAGGUUGGCUUUUAAUGGGAAAGUUAAAAGAAGAUAAGACUGAUUUUGAAUUAGGAAAUAAAACUUUUGGCGCGCUUUCUAUUUCAUCUCUGUUUGUCCACUCUCCUAACAUAGAAAACUUAUGGAAAUUGGAUGCUUUGGGAAUUCGUGACCCUACAGAGAGUAAAAAUCUAGAGCAAGAUGCGUUAGAUACUUUCGAGAAAACUGUUCGAAUUAAUGAUGAAGGGCGCUAUGAAAUCAGACUUCCUCGACUUGAAGGGUUCGAAGAUUUAGACAGUAAUCUAGAAACAGCAAAACAAAGAUGCAGGUCUACUACAAACAAAUUGCUUCGAGAAAACAAAGGUGUUUACAAAGAACAUUCGACUGCAAAAGUACGUCCGGUGUUUGAUGCCAGUUGUAAAACUAAACAAAUGCGGUCUGUUAAUGACUUUCUGCUAAAAAGUCCAAAUCUCUUGGAACAAAUCCCUCCUCUUUUGAUUAAAUUUCGUAAAGAUAAGAUAGGCGUAACUUCGGAUAUCAAGAAAGCAUUUUUACAGAUCUCUGUUGCCAAAGAAGAUCGUGAUUUCCUACGGUUCUUAUGGUGGGAAAAUAUUGAGGAACGUGAAUUUCGAGCAUUUCGUCAUGAUCGUCUGGUUUUCGAACUAAAUUGCAGUCCGUUUCUUCUCUCGUCGGUUUUAAACCACCUCAUUACGACUUAUUCGUCUCAAUUCCCGGAGACUUGCAACAUUUUGAGAAAUGCGUUCUAUGUGGACAAUUGUGUUACAUCCGUUUCAGACGAGAAAAAACUGAAUCAGUUUAUUCAUGAACCAACUUAUUUGAUGAAUGCGGGCUGUUUUGACCUAAGAGGGUGGGAGUAUACCACUCAAAAUUUUGAAGAAAAAUCUGAACCUAUCUCAGUACUUGGAUUGCUUUGGAACAAACAUGAAGAUGUUUUAUUUUGUCAGAUUAAGAACUUGGAUUUGGAUUCCUUAGAAAUUACUCGUAGAAAUAUAUUGUCGAUUGUUCACAAGAUUUUUGAUGUAAUAGGUAUUUUGUGCCCAACUACAUUGAUUCCAAAGCUUAUACUUCAAAAAAGCUGGGGUUUAAAACUGGGGUGGGAUACACCACUACCGGAUGAGUUUAAAAUCGAAUUUGAAGCAUGGGCCAAAGAUUUACAUUUACUUUCGGAAGUUCGAGUUCCAAGAUACAUUAAUACAUUUGAAUCGGCUGAACUUUCUUUACAUACAUUUUGUGAUGGAAGUAAAAGUGCAUAUAGUGCAGUAGUAUUUCUUAGGUCAGGUCAAUAUGGUAACGUUCACGUGCAAUUAGUACAGGCGAAAAGUCGUGUCGCUCCAUUGCGUAAAACUACCAUUCCACGAAUGGAGUUGCUGGGAUGUUGUAUUGGGACUCGUUUGGCCUUUUCUACUUUACAAGCACUCAACAUUCCAAAUCUUCAAAGCUACUUUUGGACUGAUUCGUCUACAGCUUUGACGUGGAUUAAGAAAAAUGAGCCAUGGGGAGUUUUUGUUGAAAAUCGAGUUAAAGAAAUUCGAAAACUAGUUCCUGAGGGUGUAUGGGGACUAGUUCCUAGCUCUUUGAACGCAGCUGAUUUGCCCUCACGAGGGUGCUCAAUUAAAACGCUUAUCAAAUCCGAUUGGUGUUCGGGUCCAGAUUGGCUGAAAAAGAACAUUGAGAACUGGCCGGACACGAAACUAAAGCUAGAUGAGGAAGAAGUAUCGCGUGAGAGAAGGAAACAAGUUAUUCAGGCUGUUACCAGCACUUCUCAAAAACGAUGGUAUUUAAGAUAUUUUUCCAAGUAUUUUCUGAUCGUUAGAAUGAUAUCUUGGAUAAUUAGGUUUGUAAUCAAUUGCAAAACACCAAAAACUAAAUUGACAGGGGAACUGACUGUUAAUGAAAUCGAUGUGGCGGAAAAGAAAUUGUGGAAAAUCGUCCAAGAGGAAACAUUUCUUAAGAAUGUUAAACUUAAAAAUCUCUGUACUUUUGUUGACCAAGACGGCUUGAUAAGGCUAAAAACCAAGAUAAUUAGAAGAGAGGAUGAUGAAUAUUUUCGAUGCCCUAUCUUGUUGCCCUCUGACCACAAGUUAGUUGAAUAUUUGAUUAUUGAUUAUCACCAACGGUUUUCUCAUGCUGGUGUACAAUUUGUGAUUUGUAAUAUUCGACAGAAAUUUAGGAUUUUGCGAGGUAAGAAAACAGUGCAUCGGGUGUUGAACAAGUGUAUUCGAUGUAAACGGUACAAAGUACAACAUCCAGAAACUGUACCAUCUCCCCUUCCCGAGGAUCGAAUAAGAGAAGCCUUAGUCUUUGAAGUCACUGGUAUCGAUGUAGCUGGCCCCCUUUACUUAAAGAAAGGAAAGAAAGUAUGGAUUUUGCUAUUUACCUGCGCUGUUUAUCGUGCGGUCCAUCUUGAGCUUAUCGAUAGUAUGUCAACAGACGUAUUCUUACUCGGUCUCCGCAGAUUCAUUGCUAGAAGGGGACGACCGAAAGUUAUAUAUACAGAUAACGGGACUAACUUUGUUGGUGCGGAUAAUCUCUUGAAAUUCGUAGAUUGGAGACAGAUUGAAUGCGAUUCUUCAGUUUCGAGAAUUCAGUGGAAAUUCAAUCCCCCAACUGCAUGUUGGUGGGGUGGAUGGUGGGAGAGAUUAGUACAAAUGGUCAAAAAAUUGUUGAGAAAUAUUUUAGGAAAGAGUUGCGUAUCCUACGAGGAAUUGUUAACAAUUUUAUGUGAUGUCGAGUCCGUGAUCAACGGAGGACCGUUAACUUGUGUGUCCGAAGAUCCGAAUGAUCUUGUCCCUCUCACACCAUCGAUGUUUUUGCAAGACAUAUCGCAAGUCGGAGUUCCAGACCUGGAUCAUCUUGAUGCAGUUAAUUUGAAUAAAAGACAUCAGUUUCUACAACAUUUGAGACAACAGUUUCGUAAAAGAUUUCGUGACGAAUAUCUUUCUCUACUGAUACAACGAUCACCUAAGCGUCCGCCAAAAUCUGCAAAAGAAUGA